AGACGCGCGGAGCGUGCUCCCCGUUCCUCCAGCGGCAUUUUGACGAUUAGCGAUCAGGCUUUGGCAGGUCCGCCUCUCUCUCUCUCUCUCGGCAUGGCGGCCCAAUAGAUCGGUAGCAGCGGCCAAACGCAACAGUGCAGAGCACUGGGCAUACGUGCAUCCUUUCAAAAUGGCGUUCCACAAUGGGCUUCUCAGCUUUGCUGUUGUCGACAGCGUAGAAACACUCGACUUGAAGACUGUGUUUUCCCUGGAAGAGUAUCUCAAAGUUCAGAAAGAUGUCAGUUUGGUCAGAUUCAUCCAUGAUGGACUAUAUGUCCCACCUCGAUUUGUCGUUUCUGGUGGCUGACGGGGACCCGUGUCUCUUGCACGCAGAUCUGGAGGCCGGGCCGGUGAAGCCUUGCCUCAGACCUCACCAGUUUGGUGGCAAUGGGGAAAGUGAAUUGUCCUACCAGUGCCCAUGUAUUGACCCUUUGGGCUCUUGUAAUGUGGAGGAUGCAUUCACCGGCUUGGAAUGGAUGGCUCAGAAGGUGAAUCUCUUUGACACACUGAACGAAAAUGAAAAUGACAGCACCUCUUCAGAAGAUCUGCUGGCUGUCUUGGACAGUUCUUGUGGUCUUCUGGGAGAGCUGCCUUUUGAUCCCUUGCCAACUAAACAGGUAGCUGAUCUUGACCUGAGUCUUGAUCUUGAGUCUGUCCCAAAUUCACCUGGAGGGGUAGAUAAGCUGGCCCCUGCAGUUGUUCCAGAUUGCAUAUUCUUCUCUGAUGACUCAUUCCACUUAGAGGAAGGAAAGAUUGUUGUUUCAGAUUUUGAGGAAAAGCCAGACUUAUUUUUGCUUCAAUCAACCAUUCUGCAGGAUUCCUGCACAGAAAUAGACGAAGAGCCAAUAUUAGAUUCUGAUAGUGGGGUUGGUUCCAGCCCCCCUCAUUCCCCUGUUGAAUCUUUAGAUAGAAGUGUGUCAGAGAGAUCACUUGAAGACAAGUCCAUACUCGACGACUAUAGCCCUGCAAGGUCGAAACCAUAUGAUCGUCCUGGUGCGAAAACUGUAGCAAAUUCACCAAAAGUAAAAAGCAAUUGUUCGGAACCGAAGAGUGUAGAAAAAAAAAUGAAGAAGAUGGAGCAGAACAAGAGCGCAGCAACACGAUACAGACAGAAGAAGAGGGACGAACAAGGUGCUAUUUCUGCAGAGUGUAGUUUAUUAGAGAAAAAAAAUAAGACCUUGCAAGAAAAAACCGAUUCGUUGACUAAAGAGAUCCAAUAUUUAAAGGGCUUGAUAGAAGAGGUCAGGAAAGGUAAAAGUGCAAAAAGCGUGUAAUAUGGCAUUAAUGGUUUAGUUUUGUGCAUAAUAUGUAGUGUUGGCUAAAUAUUGUACUUUUUUAAUAAAAUGUGAAACAACAA